UGGGGAGACAGAGGAGGAGACCACUGCCUCUAAAAUGAGUCUCUCUGGGGAGACAGAGGAGGAGACCACUGCCUCUAAAAUGAGUCUCUCUGGGGAGACAGAGGAGGAGACCACCGCCUCUAACAUGAGUCAAGACUCCAGUUUUAAGAGUGUCCAGAAGCCCAGAGCAGAGUCACCUACAACCAGCCUGCUAUCAAUGAAGAGUGAUCAGUCACCUGCUUUCAGCCAGGAACCAUUACCAGAUGACAAUAAGGAAGUGGAGAGUUUGGACAGUGAGGAUGUAUUAAAGAUCACACACAACCUUCUGGACAGAAGAAGUGAAACUCUGCUGACAGUCCAACAAGACAUUAAGGCUAAACUGAAACACAAGUAUCAACACAUAUCUGAAGGAUUUGGACACCAUGGAAACCAAAGUCUGUUAAAGGACAUCUACACAGAGCUCUACAUCACAGAGGGUGGAAGUGGAGGGCUCAAUAAUGAACAUGAGGUUAGACAGAUGGAGAUGGCACCCAAAAAACAAACCACACAAGAGACACCAAUCAAAUGCAACGACAUCUUCAAGCCUUUACCUGGACAAGACAAACCAAUCAGAACUGUGCUGACAAAAGGAAUCGCAGGCAUUGGAAAAACAGUCUCUGUGCAGAAGGUCAUCCUUGACUGGGCAGAGGGAAAAGCAAAUCAGGACGUUCAUUUCAUGUUUCCUCUUCCUUUCCGUGAUCUGAACCUGAAAAAGGACCAAUACAGUCUGAUGCAACUUCUUUCCCAAUACUUCCCAGAAAUGAAAGAGAUUGACAGCAUUGAAGAUGGUGAAACCAAAACUGUUUUCAUUUUUGAUGGUCUGGAUGAGUGUCGACUUCCUCUAGACUUUAAAAACAAUGAGAAGUGCUGUGACGUCACGAAGCCAACCUCAGUGGACGUGCUGCUGACAAACCUCAUCAAGGGGAAUCUGCUUCCCUCUGCUCUCCUCUGGAUAACCACACGGCCUGCAGCAGCCAAUCAGAUCCCACCUGAGUGUAUUGACCAGGUGACAGAGGUACGAGGGUUCAAUGAUCCACAGAAGGAGGUGUACUUCAGGAAGAAAAUCACAGAUCAGAAUCUGUCCAAUGAAAUCAUCAAACACAUAAUGACAUCAAGGAGCCUCCAGAUCAUGUGCCACAUACCAGUCUUCUGUUGGAUAUCAGCCACUGUCCUUGAGAUGAUGCUGAAAGAGGCAGAGAAGGAUGAAGUCCCCAAAACUCUGACCCAGAUGUACUCACACUUCAUGCUCAUCCAAAUCAUUGUGAAGAACAGGAAGUACAACAAAGCCACAGAGACAAACCCAAAGGAACUGUCUCAGUCAGACAAAGAGAUGAUCCUUAAACUGGCAAAGCUGGCUUUCCAACAGCUGCAGAAGGGCAACCUGAUCUUCUACGAGGAGGACCUGAGAGAGUGUGGCCUUGAUGUCACAGAGGCAUCAGAGUACUCAGCAUUGUCUACAGAGAUCUUUAAAGAAGAAUCUGGGCUGUACCAAGACAAGGUCUACAGCUUUGUGCAUCUGAGCAUUCAGGAGUUUCUAGCAGCAGUGCAUGCUUUAGAAUCAUGUCUGGGCAAGAAGGAAAAUGUUUUCUCCCCCAAAGCAGUUACUGGUGUUGAUGAUGAUGAGGAGGAGGAGAAUGAUGAGGAGGAGAAGGAUGACGACAACAACGACGAUAACGAUGAGGAAGAUGAUGACAAUGAUGAAGAGAAGGAGUCUUUCAAAUUGUCUGACUUACACAGGAGAGCAGUGGACCAGGCCUUGAAGAGUGAGAAUGGACACCUGGACCUGUUCCUCCGCUUCCUUCUGGGUCUCUCACUGGAGUCCAAUCAGAAUCUGUUACGAGGCCUUCUGACACAGACAGGAAGUACAACACAGACCAAUGAGGAAACAGUUAACAGAACAGUCAGGUACCUUUCAGACAAGAUCAACCAGGAAUCCUCACCAGAAAGGAUCAUCAACUUGUUCCACUGUCUGAAUGAACUUGGUGCCAACUCUCUAGUUGAAGACAUGCAGACCUCCCUGCAUUCAGGAACUCUUUCAGAAACAAGACUAAAACCUGACCAAUGUUCAGCCCUGGCCUACCUGUUACUGAUGUCAGAGGAGGUGCUGGAGGAGUUUGACCUGAAGACAUACAACACAUCAGAGGAAGGUUAUCAGAGGUUGCUGCCGGUAGUGAGAACCUGUAAGAGAGCACUACUAGCUGGCUGUAAAGUCACAUAUAAAUCCUGUGAGACUCUGACCUCAGCUCUGCAGACACCAAACUCCCCCCUGAGAGAACUGGACCUCAGCAACAAUGACCUGGGAGACAGAGGAGUGGAGCUGCUCUGUUUUGGACUAACCAGUCCACUCUGCAACAUACAGACACUAGUUCUGGGUCAGUGUGGUCUGACAGAGAGGGUACCUUGCUGUUCAGAUCUGGCCUCAGUCCUGAGUUCACCCAACUCACAACUGAAACAACUGGAGCUGAGAGACAAUGACCUGCAGGACUCAGGAGUUACACUGCUGUCUGCUGGACUGGUGGAUCCAGACUGUAAACUACACACACUGGGGCUGUCUGGCUGUCUGGUCACAGAGGAGGGCUGUGCUGCUCUGUCUUCAGCUCUGAGGUCAAACCUCUCCCACCUGAAAGAGCUGGACCUGAGCUACAAUCACCCAGGAGACUCUGCAGGGGGACUGCUUUCAGCUGCUCUGGUGGAUCCCACAUAUAAACUGAUGAAGCUGAAUGUGGAUCAUGGUGGAGAGUGCAGGCUGAAAUCAGGGCUGAGGAAAUAUGCCUGUCAUCUCACCCUGGACCCAAAUACAGCAAACCCACACCUGAUACUGUCUGAGGGGAACAGGAAGGUGACACGGGUGGUGGAGGACCAGCAUUAUGAAGACCAUCCAGACAGAUUUGGUCAUCCCCAAGUUCUCUGCAGAGAAGUCUUAUCUGGAGGUCGUUAUUACUGGGAGGUGGAGAGGGAUGGUGGCAUGGCUGUCAUUGGUGUGGUGUACAAAGGAAUGAAGAGGAAGGGAGGUGAAGAUGACAGUAGGAUUGGACACAAUAGGGAGUCCUGGAGUUUAGUCUGUUCCCAUAGAGGUUAUCAAUUUUACCAUGAUGGAGUCAACAGAAUCAUCCCUGGUCCUGUUUCUAACAGAGUUGGAGUGUAUCUGGACUGGCCAACUGGUACUUUGUCCUUCUAUAGUGUGUCCUCCUCUGGUACACUGACACACCUUUACACAGAACACACCACAUUCACUGAACCCCUCUAUCCUGGGUUUGGCGUUUCCUCCUCCUCAGUGACCUCAGUGACCCUGUGUCAGAUAGAUGACCAACACAUUCAAAGAGACCAUGGUGGAGAGUGUUGGAUCAAGCCUGGACCUGAGGACACCAGAGACCAUGGUGGAGAGAGUUGGAUCAAGCCUGGACCUGAGGACACCAGAGACCAUGGUGGAGAGAGUUGGAUCAAGCCUGGACCUGAGGACACCAGAGACCAUGGUGGAGAGAGUUGGAUCAAGCCUGGACCUGAGGACACCAGAGACCAUGGUGGAGAGAGUUGGAUCAAGCCUGGACCUGAGGACACCAGAGACCAUGGUGGAGAGUGUUGGAUCAAGUCUGGACCUGAGGACACCAGAGACCAUGGUGGAGAGAGUUGGAUCAAGCCUGGACCUGAGAAAUGGAUUCCUCAGAGCUGUAAGACUUGUGACCAUGUUGAGGACUCCACACACUGGCUUCAGAUUGAACCCUUGACUUCCACUGUCCAGGGAGUGACAAUGUUCAGACACAGGACACCCAAAGGGAGUUAUGAGUGCACAGUGUCUAGGCUCCGCUGGCUGUGUGAGAGAGAUGUCAUUCUGAAGUAUCACUUCAGGAACUGGGAACCCUACAGUCAACUUCUGAAAGACAUGCAAUACACACAAGGUGGUCCAUUGCUGGACAUCACUAUGGAGUUAGGUGAACUGGAGGAAGUUCAUCUGCCACACUUUGUCUGUUUAGGGACCAACCCUUCCCUGAGGAAUGAGAUGAAGAUUCUUCAUGUAGAGGAACAUGGAGUGUCUUUAGAGGAAGUGCAUGAGGUCACCAGAUUCCAUGUUAAGAUUCUCCAUCCCAAGUUCUCAGCUAUCUCUCUGAUACUGAGCUAUAUCUUUUCAUGGAACGUAGAUGUCCACUGUGAGCUGAUGCUCUAUCUGACAGUGAAAAGGGAAACAUUAAUUUCUCGCCUGUACCUGUUCCCCUGGAACCCCGGCCAAAUACAGGCUGUGGAACUACAAGAAAAGUCUCAAGGGUCUUCAAGGAUUCUCAUCUCCAGACCAGAGCAGUCCUUCAAACUGAAGAGUUCCUUCAGACUGAGCAUUCCCUGUUCUACCUCCAUCAAUCCACAGAAGAUUCAUCUCAUACAAAGAGACACCACACCAAGCUUUUUCAGGGCGGUUGUGAAAAUGACAGGGAUUGACAUUGAGAUGGAGUUAUUCAGUGAUGAUGAGAGGGCAGUAUGGAAAGAAAAAGUAUCACGAGGUGCUGUGUUGGGGGCAGGGCGUCCGUCUGAGAGCAGACUGACUGGUUCUCCAGAGCACCAGCUGCGUUCUGUACGGACAGAGUUUGUGAAACGAGCGUCAAGAGCUGUCCUGGAUGGUCUGCUGGACGGACUCCUGCAACACACAGUCAUCAACCAGCAGGAAAUGGAGUCAGUGAAGGUGAUAGCUGAGAGGGCAGAGAAGGCACGUGACAUCAUCGACAUGGUGUUGAGAAAAGGAACUGAGUCAUGUUCCAGGAUGAUCAACCUUCUUGGGGAGCUGGACCACUGUCUUUGUUCACAGCUUCAGAUCAACAGUGUUGGGGUACCAACCUAAUGGUAUAAUGGAUAGUAACAGUGUUGGGGUACCAACCUAAUGGUAGAAUGGAUAGUAACAGUGUUGGGGUACCAACCUAAUGGUAGAAUGGGCAGUAACAGUGUUGGGGAAGCAACCUAAUGGUAGACUGAAUAGUAACAGUGUUAAGAUACCAACCUAAUGGUAGAAUGGAUAGUAACAGUGUUGGGGUACCAACCUAAUGGUAGAAUGGAUAGUAACAGUGUUGGGGUACCAACCUAAUGGUAGAAUGGAUAGUAACAGUGUUGGGGUAC